UGUCAAAGUCAACCCAAACCUGAAAUGGAUGUUCGAAGGUCGAUCUCAAAUUUGAGUAGUGAUAAUUUGAAGAAUUUUUCUGUUUUUAUACUUUCCUAUCAAAAAUAUAGAAAUUUCAGACAUCGCGUUUGAUAUCAAAAUAUAUUUUUUCUUUUUCCUAAUCGAUUUACAUAUUAUUGAGGUGACUCAUCAUCGCUAGCUGAAAAGUUGGUGUUGAGUUGCCACACGUGAGGUGGUAUUUUGAGGUUCGGUUCUAAAUAGAAACUGCAAUAUGGAAUCGUGGGAUGACGAUAAUUUUGAGCCUGCGCCCCCCACAUCAUCGGUUCUUCUUCCCGGUAAUAAAUGGGAAGGCGAAGAUGAAGAUGACGAUGUUAAAGAAAGUUGGGAAGAUGAGGAUGAAGAAAGGAAAGAGAAAGAGGAAGCUGCUAAGUCUGAGGCGGAUGUAAAGAAACCUAAAAAGAAGUCUUUGGCUGAAAGGAUGGCAGAAAAAGAGAGAUUAAAACGGGAAGAAAUGGAACGGCGGCUCAGAGAAGAGGCCGAAGAUGAAAUAACGCCCGAGGAACGUUUGCGUUUACAAAAAGAAUCAGACUUACAAAUAGCUCUUGCGACUACUUUUGGUGCCGCUAACAAAACCAAUAACCAAGACAACGGUGGAGUGCUCACCGAUCUCUCUAUGCCUAACACUAAAGAGGAAUUCGACACGUUUACAGAAGAGCUGUCCAAGAAACUAGUCGGGCUGUCCAAAAGUUUAGAAUACCCAAAUUUCGUUGAAAACUUGUCUAGAAACUUAUGUGCCACAAUGUCGUCCCUGGAUAUAAAGAGAGUGAAAAACUCGUUAGAUAAUCUAUUUUUGGAGAAACAGAAGAUCGAAAAGGGCGAUAAAGUGAAAAAGAAAGGAAAGGGCAAAGCUAAAUUGCACAUCGAAGGAGAAAAUCAAUUAUCACAACUCUCAGCUUAUGUUAACGACUUUGAUGAAUUUGAUGAUUUCAUGUAGCAACAGAAACUUCGGAUAUCUAACUAUUGUAUUUUAAUAUUUUUUAUCUAAGUUAUUCAAAUUGUUACAUAAAUUCCUAAUUGAGAAGUGUAUUUUAUCAAUUAAUGCAAUAUAUUCCCAAUUAGAUUAAUCUUG